UUUGUCCUUCCCUUCACGGGUGUGUGCACUCCCUCCCCACCUCUCCACCCUCCAUCUGCACUGUCAUUCUGUACACACACCAACCAGUACAUACACAUUUUAUACAGCAAAAAAAGUUGCCAAAUAUAAUAGCACAUUGUGAGAGUUUAGGCCCAGUGCAACUGCAUGAAUGGGUGAGUGAUGGAGAAGCAGCAGGUGAUGAAUUUAUGUACAAACAUCCAACUCUCAAUAUGCGCAGGUUGUUUCAGAAUCUGCUUUAGGUGGUGGGGGUAACCGUGAGGAUUCAUUCAUACUUGUUGUGUGUUUUGCAAAGCUCAUUUCUUGUCCCAUUCACACACGUACGCUGUCGAGCCCAGGUGAUGCAGUUUCCUCUUGAGAUGAUGGGAAAGUGCAGAGAUGAGAAGCAGCAGACUUUUUGCAUUCUCGUGUUAGUGUUUCUGCUCAUGGGUUUGGCGGAUGGUAAGACUAGUUUUCCUUUUGAGGGAAACUCAACAGUGCAGCAGGGGUUCCUCAAGUGGGUAAGGCGAAUGGGCAGCCUGAAGCAUUCCAUCUUUCAUACAGCCAAGAAUAAUUUCCUGCCUUCCUUUUAUAUCACUGUAGAUAAGAGGCCUGGCGUCGGUGAUUAUUCCUCCGUGCAGGACGCUGUGGAUUCAUUGCCCUUAUUCAACAUUCUGCGUGUCGUAAUUAAGAUCAAUGCCGGCACUUAUAAGGAGAAAGUAAACGUCGUGGCAAGCAAGGCAUUUGUAACAUUUGAAGGCGCGGGGGCAGAUAAGACAGUGAUAGAGUGGGGAGAUAAUGCAGCCACGCCUGGACCUGAUGGACGCCCCCUCGGUACUUUCGCAUCUGCUUCUGUUGCCAUCAAUUCUCCUUACUUCAUUGCCAAAAACAUCACCUUCAAGAACACAACUCCGUGUCCUCUGUCUGGUGCACCGGCCAAGCAGGCAGUGGCAUUCAGAAUAUCGGCUGAUACAGCUGCUUUUUUAGGCUGCAAAUUUCUAAGUUGGCAAGACACGCUGUAUGACCACCUUGGAAGACAUUAUUUCAAGGACUGUUAUAUUGAAGGCUCUGUCGACUUCAUUUUCGGGAAUGGUCUCUCACUUUACGAGGGAUGUCACCUGCACGCCAUUUCAAACGCAUUAGGAGCGUUGACAGCACAAAAAAGGAGUAGUUUACUGGAGGAAACAGGCUUCUCUUUCGUGAAAUGCAAAGUGACCGGAUCGGGAGUUCUAUACCUGGGUAGAGCCUGGGGAACUUUUUCCCGAGUAGUGUUUGCCUACACAUACAUGGACAAAAUCAUUGUUCCCAAGGGCUGGUACGACUGGGGCGACCGAACCAGAGAUUUAACUGUGUUUUAUGGGCAAUACAAGUGCAGUGGAGGUGGAGCAAGCUUUGCAGGCAGAGUUUCAUGGAGUAGAGAGCUCACUGAUGACGAAGCAAAGCCCUUCAUUGCUCUCAGUUUCAUCGACGGCGAGGAAUGGAUAAACCUCUGAUCUUUCAUUCAAUAAUAUGCAAUCCAACAAAUUAAGACAUAGACUGAGUGUACAUGUACAUACUAGUUAUUAGUGAGUGAGAGGACAAAGAAUAAGACAAUACUAGCUAGCUAGCAGUUUGUACUUAAUAAAUAGAUGGCAGGGCUCGUGACUCUUGUUUCUCCUCACCAUUCCUUUUUACCUCUCUAAGUCUCCUCAAUUUGCCUACCAUUAUAUAUUUUUCAGAAUAAUUCCUGUUCCGAAUGUACGAGCAAGUUUCUGGCAAUGCAUGUGACCGUGAUUAAGCGUUUAA